AUGCUGAGAAUCGCUGUAGUGGGAAUUUUAUUGCAGCUUGUUCUGCAAACUGGUAUUGCAGAAGCAAUUUGUUGUGAUGAUAUCAGAUCUGAUAUUGAAAACCGAACCGUUGCUUACAACGUAUUAUGUGGCAAAGGUGAUCCACACCUGGGGAAUUGCUGUCGUGUUAUAGAACAAGAUCUCCGCAAGCAUAAACUCUCUUACAAAACGCUGUGUCCAAACCAAGGUAAAAUAUCGAGAUUUUUAUACACUGUUUCUUUUUGUUUAUCCCUUUUUCUUUUCAUUGCUUUAAAGUAAUAUGUUUAAUACAGAGUUUUUAAUUGCGCGUUUUAUGUUUGUAAUUGUUGCAUGAAUUGCAUUACGUGAAAAAAUUUAAUUUUAACUAGAACUUUUAUUAUUUUUUAUAGAGAUGGAUCAUUGUCAGUCCAAUCCAUGUCACCCCAAUGCUAUUUGUGUCAGCCAUUCUGAUUCCUUCACGUGCACUUGCAAAACUGGUUUUACAGGUUCAGGACUGGAAUGUACAGGUACUAGUCGAAAACGUUUAUUGUUGGUCGCGUUUCAACCUUUUGAUUUGAGAAAAGCAGAUAAAAUUAUAAUAAAUAGUAUUGGACAAAAAAUAUGAUAUUGAUUCAAUUUCAGAUAUCGAUGAAUGUGUUUAUCAACAAUGUGACGUCAAUGCAAUUUGCAACAAUACUUUUGGCUCGUUUUCUUGCACUUGUGACUCGGGGUAUAUGGGCGAUGGUAUGAACUGCACAGGUGAGAUAUGGAACGGUCUAUAUGUAUUAAAUGUAUAGUAGGAUUGUAUCUAUAAGAUAUAUAGAGAGCCACGGACGUGAAAUAAUAUGAAGCAAAGACUGACAUUGCCAUUCAACGUUCGGAGAACUUACUCCAAUAAAGAAAUAAAAAUAUUUCAAUAUGACGAUAAACAUUCAAAUCUUUGUAAAACCUCCUCUCCUUUCUGGGUUUUUUCUUACAUAGUUAUUCCAAGUAGUUGCGCUGAUCUCUAUAAAUCUGGAGUGAGAUAAGAUGGUGUCUACACCAUUGAUCCUGAUGGCAUGGGACCAUUCCCAGUCAGAUGCGAUAUGACGAGAGACGGAGGUGGAUGGACGGUCUUCCAAAGAAGACAGGAUGGAAGUGAGGAUUUUUAUCUUGGAUGGUCAGAUUAUAAAGCUGGCUUUGGUGACUUGGAUGACGAGUUCUGGUUGGGGUUGGACAAAAUAUAUCGUUUGUCCAAAUCUGGCCAAGAUGUUUUAAGAAUUGAUUUGAUGGAUUUCAAUGACGCUCAACGUUAUGCUAAAUACGGAACAUUCAGUGUGGCUGAUGAAAAUGACAAAUAUAGAUUGAACGUUGCCAGUUAUUCAGGUAAAUUUAGACUAUCCAGACAAUGAAACAUACCUAUAAGUUUUAUAUGACUAAUACUAUACUUAAAAAAUGUGAAACGUAAAGUUUUUAUACACUAAAGUGUCUUGCGGAAGAUUAAAACAUUUUGGCAAUCGGAAACAACCGAAUAUAGUUAAAUAAUUAAUAUGUUUCGAAAUUAAACAACACUGGUAUGAAGGAGUUAUAAAAUGUCAUCAUUCUCAAAUAUGCCAUAUUGAGUAGGGAAGUUAACCUCAUAAAAAACCCAGUUUGGUUACAAAGAGUUACAAAGGAGUUUUGACGUUUUUAACCAUUUUUCUCAAUUUUUCUUAAAAAGUGAAAUUGUCUGGUGAAUUAAUAGAGUAAAAUACUGUAAAACAUAGACUGAAAUUUAUUAUACUUUUUUGAAAUGUUACUUAUCACGUAUAUGAUUUUGUUAAUUUUUUUCUUAAAAGGUGACGCAAGUGAUUCCCUUGAUUAUCACAAUCAAAUGCAGUUUUCUGCCAAGGAUAGUGACAAUGAUGUUGAUAGCAGUCAUUGUGCUACCGACUAUAAAGGAGCUUGGUGGUACCGUAGCUGUCAUCAUUCCAACCUCAAUGGUCUGUACCUGGGAGCAGGUCAGACAAGUGGUACCGGAAUGAGAUGGGGUACUUGGCAAUCUUAUGUUAUGAAAAAGACAGAGAUGAAAAUACGUUCUAAUCUGUUUUAA